AUGUCUGUGGAAGUACAGACAGAGCAUGUCUGUGGAAGUACAGACAGAGCAUGUCUGUGGAAGUACAGACAGAGCAUGUCUGUGGAAGUACAGACAGAGCAUGUCUGUGGAAGUACAGACAGAGCAUGUCUGUGGAAGUACAGACAGAGCAUGUCUGUGGAAGUACAGACAGAGCAUGUCUGUGGAAGUACAGACAGAGCAUGUCUGUGGAAGUACAGACAGAGCAUGUCUGUGGAAGUACAGACAGAGCAUGUCUGUGGAAGUACAGACAGAGCAUGUCUGUGGAAGUACAGACAGAGCAUGUCUGUGGAAGUACAGACAGAGCAUGUCUGUGGAAGUACAGACAGAGCAUGUCUGUGGAAGUACAGACAGAGCAUGUCUGUGGAAGUAGAAGUACAGACAGAGCAUGUCUGUGGAAGUACAGACAGAGCAUGUCUGUGGAAGUACAGACAGAGCAUGUCUGUGGAAGUACAGACAGAGCAUGUCUGUGGAAGUACAGACAGAGCAUGUCUGUGGAAGUACAGACAGAGCAUGUCUGUGGAAGUACAGACAGAGCAUGUCGUGGAAGUACAGACAGAGCAUGUCUGUGGAAGUACAGACAGAGCAUGUCUGUGGAAGUACAGACAGAGCAUGUCUGUGGAAGUACAGACAGAGCAUGUCUGUGGAAGUACAGACAGAGCAUGUCUGUGGAAGUACAGACAGAGCAUGUCUGUGGAAGUACAGACAGAGCAUGUCUGUGGAAGUACAGACAGAGCAUGUCUGUGGAAGUACAGACAGAGCAUGUCUGUGGAAGUACAGACAGAGCAUGUCUGUGGAAGUACAGACAGAGCAUGUCUGUGGAAGUACAGACAGAGCAUGUCUGUGGAAGUACAGACAGAGCAUGUCUGUGGAAGUACAGACAGAGCAUGUCUGUGGAAGUACAGACAGAGCAUGUCUGUGGAAGUACAGACAGAGCAUGUCUGUGGAAGUACAGACAGAGCAUGUCUGUGGAAGUACAGACAGAGCAUGUCUGUGGAAGUACAGACAGAGCAUGUCUGUGGAAGUACAGACAGAGCAUGUCUGUGGAAGUACAGACAGAGCAUGUCUGUGGAAGUACAGACAGAGCAUGUCUGUGGAAGUACAGACAGAGCAUGUCUGUGGAAGUACAGACAGAGCAUGUCUGUGGAAGUACAGACAGAGCAUGUCUGUGGAAGUACAGACAGAGCAUGUCUGUGGAAGUACAGACAGAGCAUGUCUGUGGAAGUACAGACAGAGCAUGUCUGUGGAAGUACAGACAGAGCAUGUCUGUGGAAGUACAGACAGAGCAUGUCUGUGGAAGUACAGACAGAGCAUGUCUGUGGAAGUACAGACAGAGCAUGUCUGUGGAAGUACAGACAGAGCAUGUCUGUGGAAGUACAGACAGAGCAUGUCUGUGGAAGUACAGACAGAGCAUGUCUGUGGAAGUACAGACAGAGCAUGUCUGUGGAAGUACAGACAGAGCAUGUCUGUGGAAGUACAGACAGAGCAUGUCUGUGGAAGUACAGACAGAGCAUGUCUGUGGAAGUACAGACAGAGCAUGUCUGUGGAAGUACAGACAGAGCAUGUCUGUGGAAGUACAGACAGAGCAUGUCUGUGGAAGUACAGACAGAGCAUGUCUGUGGAAGUACAGACAGAGCAUGUCUGUGGAAGUACAGACAGAGCAUGUCUGUGGAAGUACAGACAGAGCAUGUCUGUGGAAGUACAGACAGAGCAUGUCUGUGGAAGUACAGACAGAGCAUGUCUGUGGAAGUACAGACAGAGCAUGUCUGUGGAAGUACAGACAGAGCAUGUCUGUGGAAGUACAGACAGAGCAUGUCUGUGGAAGUACAGACAGAGCAUGUCUGUGGAAGUACAGACAGAGCAUGUCUGUGGAAGUACAGACAGAGCAUGUCUGUGGAAGUACAGACAGAGCAUGUCUGUGGAAGUACAGACAGAGCAUGUCUGUGGAAGUACAGACAGAGCAUGUCUGUGGAAGUACAGACAGAGCAUGUCUGUGGAAGUACAGACAGAGCAUGUCUGUGGAAGUACAGACAGAGCAUGUCUGUGGAAGUACAGACAGAGCAUGUCUGUGGAAGUACAGACAGAGCAUGUCUGUGGAAGUACAGACAGAGCAUGUCUGUGGAAGUACAGACAGAGCAUGUCUGUGGAAGUACAGACAGAGCAUGUCUGUGGAAGUACAGACAGAGCAUGUCUGUGGAAGUACAGACAGUCAGACAGAGCAUGUCUGUGGAAGUACAGACAGAGCAUGUCUGUGGAAGUACAGACAGAGCAUGUCUGUGGAAGUACAGACAGAGCAUGUCUGUGGAAGUACAGACAGAGCAUGUCUGUGGAAGUACAGACAGAGCAUGUCUGUGGAAGUACAGACAGAGCAUGUCUGUGGAAGUACAGACAGAGCAUGUCUGUGGAAGUACAGACAGAGCAUGUCUGUGGAAGUACAGACAGAGCAUGUCUGUGGAAGUACAGACAGAGCAUGUCUGUGGAAGUACAGACAGAGCAUGUCUGUGGAAGUGUAGACAGAGCAUGUCUGUGGAAGUAAGACAGAGCAUGUCUGUGGAAGUACAGACAGAGCAUGUCUGUGGAAGUACAGACAGAGCAUGUCUGUGGAAGUACAGACAGAGCAUGUCUGUGGAAGUACAGACAGAGCAUGUCUGUGGAAGUACAGACAGAGCAUGUCUGUGGAAGUACAGACAGAGCAUGUCUGUGGAAGUACAGACAGAGCAUGUCUGUGGAAGUACAGACAGAGCAUGUCUGUGGAAGUACAGACAGAGCAUGUCUGUGGAAGUACAGACAGAGCAUGUCUGUGGAAGUACAGACAGAGCAUGUCUGUGGAAGUACAGACAGAGCAUGUCUGUGGAAGUACAGACAGAGCAUGUCUGUGGAAGUGUAGACAGAGCAUGUCUGUGGAAGUGUAGACAGAGCAUGUCUGUGGAAGUGUAG